AUGUCCAAUCAAGAGCCUGGACCUUCCAACCUCAUCAACAAGAAUCUCCAGCAGGCGGAGUCGAGAGCUUCGAGCAUGACCAAUGCGCUGCUGUCGGCAUCGAGAAACCGAUCCACUAGCGUCACGAGGAGGAAGUCGCGGCCACACUUGCGGAAAAGCGCCAGCGUAUCCCACCCGAGAUUGAUCUAUUCGGUCGACGACGAUAUCAAUGAGCAAGAAGGCGACUACGAUGACGACGGUAAGAAAAAAGAAGAUGGCGAAGCUGCAAAUUCCAAGAACGAUAGGGAUUACAUGGACGGGUACAAUGACGCGUUGCGGGCAUUGUCGCAACGGCGCAGGAGCAAGAGCCCCAUUCGGUCCUAUUCUGAUCUCAAUGGGAACGGGUCCCAGGGUUUCAUCCUGGAUGCGCAAGAGGACGAUAGUCGGAAGCGGGACUCGAAAAAGCGCAUUGCUCGUGAAGAUGGGGAUGGGGGUGGAGAUGCGGAGGAACAGCAGGAAGGGGAUGCGCCAUCGGAUGAAGGGGAUGAGCAAGAUGCUGACUCGGUGCAUUCGAAUUCGUCGGUGGAGUCACUCAAUUUGAAAGAACGACAAAACGCAAUCAACUCGACGCAUCCUUUUGGUAUCAAGAUUUGGAAACCAUCAUUGUAUAAAAAGAAUAGGUCAGUUGCUACUAGGGCAGACGAAGAUAUCCAUGAUUUCGAGCCACGACGCCCCACUGCAAAGAUCUACUGGGGUGUCAAGUUGACCAACAUUAUAUGGAGCUUGACAGCCGGGUUGGUGAUUUACAUAUUCUGCUUGAUUGGCGCCGCUAUCGUAUUUGUCUUUUCCGGGUUUGGCCUCGCAAAUACCUCGAGACCGUACGCGGCUGCAUUUUUGAAGUUGGGGCGGUACUUGUUGUAUCCGUUUGGGAAGUUUGUCCUUUUGAACAAGGAUCAAAACUAUUUGGAUGAAGACCACUUGGAGGGCCGGACAUUGGACGAGUUCCAUCAGUGGCGCUUACAAGAAGAAGGAAGGUUGUUUUUUGCACCGCCGCGGCGAUUCACGGGCACUAGCGACUCGACGCCCUUGGUAAAAGACCACAAAGGCCGUCCCUUGCGCGACGCUUACAGCUCGUUGACUCAAGAAGAUGAUAAUGAUGUUGCACCUGAGACAAUUCCCGAAGAUCAGGACAAUAAUGAUUUCAAAGUGAGGUUUUUCGGAAGAGGUAAUUGGAGUGUAGGCAGAAUUGCCUUUUAUGUUUACUUUUACGUCGUUUUGCAGCCGAUUUCGUAUGUGAUUGGCCUCUUGUGCUGGCUCGUUGUGUUUACCAUACCCAUGGCCAAUCUCACGGGCACGUUGAAUUACCAUAUGAGGCGCCAUCCAUUAGCGUUGGACUUUGAGCCCGAAAAGGAGUUUUACAAGAAAAGAGAUGAGAACCCGCGUUUGAGAAAGAAGAAACAGAUGAUCUUGUUGUGUACUUAUAGAUGCUGUGGGGUGCACUACUACAAGUACACCCUUGAUGGAACCAACAUUUUCUUUAUCAACUUGAUUUCCGUGGUGUUGUUUGUCAUUUUCGACUAUUUUUUCCUCAAGGAGACUUUGCAUUGGGAAACCUUUUUGACCGAUGCAAAGAUCAUUUUUUGUUUGUGCUUGUUUUCGAUUAUCCCCUUGGCGUAUUUCAUUGGCCAAGCCGUGGCCUCGAUCUCGGCGCAGUCGUCGAUGGGGGUAGGUGCUGUGAUCAAUGCGUUUUUCUCCACUAUUGUGGAGAUUUUCCUUUACUGCGUGGCCUUGGAUCAAGCCAAGGGCAAAUUGGUCGAGGGUUCCAUGAUUGGGUCGAUACUUGGUGGUGUGCUUUUAUUACCGGGACUUUCCAUGUGCGGCGGUGCGUUGAAGCGCAAGACUCAGCGGUACAAUCCUCGCUCAGCGGGUGUCUCUUCCACCAUGCUCUUGUUUGCCAUGGUGAUUAUGUUUGCACCGUCGUUGUUUUACCAAAUCUACGGCGCUUACGAAAUCAAGUGCAUGGAUUGCAAGUUCAAUUCUGAUUUGGACGAUUGCACAACGUGUCGUUUCACCCAGCCCUCGUUCACGUUGGACCCGUUGUACUACCGAGUGAUUAAGCCCUUUUCGUUGAUUGUUGCCAUUGCGUUGUUUGCCGCGUAUGUGUGUGGGCUAUACUUUACUUUGAAGACGCAUGCAUCGUUGAUUUGGGCCACGACUUCACACGAGGCUACUAAGAAGGAAGACUACCACCAGUCUCCUAGCGUGAGCAGCAUGCAAGCUAACCCAAAGAGCCAGAAUUUGAACCAACAGUUGAUCCCAUCGAAGCAAGUGGUGGGAGCAGAAGGCAAUGCCAAAAAAGAGCAUGAAGAGAAUGAACAUGGUGGUGGUGGUAACGGCGGCGGGCAUGAUGCGCCAAAUUGGUCUAGAAACAAGUCGAUUGCUAUAUUGUUGGGAGCUACGCUCUUGUAUGCGGUAAUCGCCGAGAUUUUAGUGGAUAAUGUCGAUGCUAUUCUUGCUGAUUUCCCCAUCAAUCCCAAAUUCUUGGGUUUAACCAUUUUUGCAUUGGUCCCCAACACCACCGAGUUUUUAAAUGCCAUUUCGUUUGCCAUUGGCGGUAAUGUUGCCUUGUCGAUGGAGAUUGGUAGUGCCUACGCUUUGCAAGUUGUCUUGAUCCAGAUCCCCAGUCUUGUGUUGUAUUCAAUGAUCAAGAACUUUGUCAAUGUUGAGCAGAUUUUCUCGCUAGUGUUUCCACGGUGGGACAUUAUUGCCACUUUGAUUUCCAUUUACUUGUUUACUUAUAUCUAUGCCGAGGGCAAGUCUAAUUAUUUCAAGGGGGUCAUUUUGAUCUUGGUGUAUUUUGUCGUUUUGAUUGGGUUCUGGUUCAAUGAUAUUAUUGAGGAUUUGGACGAUGGGUAUGGGACACUUGCCAAGAGCAUGAGCAUGGGAUUGAGAAUCAUUGGUUAG